AUGGGCAUCAAUAAGAAGAAAAGGCCAAAACUCAACUUGGCUGCUGGCCGGCCGCCAACUGUCCAGAAGCCCAAGUCCAUCUCACGGAAGGCAACCAGGACGCUCAUCAACCAAAUCCACACCCUGGAGAAGAGGAGGAAGCAAGCGACUCAGAACGGUGAUGAAGCUACAGCAGCUUCCAUAGCCUCUGAAAUUGCUUCGCUCGGCGGUAUUGAGAAGUACCAGCAGGCAAGCCUUCAAGGCCAAAGGAAUGACCGUGGGGGAGACAGCUCCAAGAUCUUGCUGGACUGGCUGAAGCCCAUCGAACCCGAGCUCCAGGCCCUGGCAAAUUCCAAGUCACCACGUCGUCUACGCAUGCUGGAAGUGGGUGCACUGAGCACGACGAAUGCGUGCUCUCUCAGUGGCUUCUUUGACAUUGUCCGCAUUGACUUGAACAGCCAGGCAGAGGGAAUCCUACAACAGGACUUCAUGGAGCGGCCUUUACCCAAGAACGAUUCUGAACGAUUCGAUAUCAUCAGUCUGUCAUUGGUGCUCAAUUUUGUCCCUGAGGCCGGUGGCAGAGGUGACAUGCUUCUCCGCACUCUCGACUUCCUUCACCCGCCGUCACGCUUCAGAGACGGGACGAAUGCAGGGCUGAAACCGCACUUCCCAAGUCUUUUUCUCGUCCUGCCUGCACCUUGCGUCUCGAACUCACGCUACCUGGAUGGGGACAAACUCAAUGCCAUCAUGUCAUCUCUUGGCUACCAGGUGACGGAAUCCAAGACUACCCAGAAACUUGUCUACUACCUUUGGACGCGGCAUGUCGACAGCCCCCCACUCCUGCGGACAGGCGCAGCCUUCACCAAGAAAGAGCUUCGCUCGGGUGCUUCACGCAACAACUUCGCUAUCGUUCUCAAGCAAUCAUCGGAAUGA